AUGAAAAUAGCAGAGAAUUUUCUUAUUGCUCCUUUGUUCUUCUGCCUCCUCACAUUUUCAAAUGCACUAACAUCAAGCAGGAUUGGUGUAGUUUAUGGAACGCAAGGAACUAAUUUCCCACCAAUAAAUUACACAGUCCAGCUCCUUGAGAUCAAGAAUGCUGGUUUUGUAAAGCUUCGUGAUGCAAAUCACGAAAUACUAAAAUCGUUAUCUCAGAAAAGUGUUCGUGUCUCAAUCAGCAUUGCUAACAAUUUUCUCGUGCAUAUUGCUUCGAAUCAAACAUUUGCAAAUCAGUGGGUACAGGAAAAUGUACUUGCAUAUUAUCCUGAUACAAUGAUCCGGUUCAUACUUGUUGGACAGGAAGUUCUAAGCCAGAAUGAUACAACAUUGUGGUACAAUCUUGUACCUGCAAUGAGAAGGAUCCUUGAUUCAGUUAGAAGUCACAAUAUUCAUAACAUUAAAGUUGGGACUCCAUUGGCUAUGGACAUAUUGGAAUCAACAUUUCCACCUUCUAGUGGGAAAUUCAGGUCUGAUAUUCCUCAUGAUCAGGUCAUCAUACCAUUGCUGCAAUUCUUGAAUCAAACAAAGUCAUAUUUCUUCCUAAAUGUCUUCCCCUAUUUUACAUGGUCUGCAAAUCCAACAAAUGUGAGCCUAGACUUGGCUUUAUUUAGGGGCGACAAAAAUUCUUCAUACAGAGAUCCAGAGAGUGGUUUGAUUUACACAAACCUCCUAGAUCAGAUGCUAGACUCAGUUCUCUUUGCUAGUAAAAAAUUAGGCCUUGACCAUGUUGCAUUAGCAAUAUCAGAAACUGGUUGGCCUCAUGCAGGUGACAUUGAUCAGCCUGGUGCAAAUAGAUACAAUGCUGCUACUUACAACAGAAAUCUUGUGCACAGAAUGUCUGCUAAACCACCAAUUGGGACACCGGCUAGACCUGGUGUAUUCAUACCAACAUUCAUAUAUGCUUUAUUUGAUGAAGAUCAAAUUCCAGGACGAGGAACAGCAAGGCACUUUGGAAUUCUGCAAGCCAAUUCCUGGCCUGUGUAUGAUUUAGACCUGACAGGAAAGCUAGGAGAAGGGGACUAUCCCCUAUUGCCACUGCCAUCAAAUAAUGAGCCCUUUAAAGGAAAUCUGUGGUGUGUUGUGGCAAGCGAAGCAAACAUAAUGGAAUUAGUUCCACAAUUGGAAUCUGUUUGCAGCCUUGGCAAUGGAAUUUGUGAUGCACUAUCUCCAGGAAAUGAUUGCUAUGAACCAGUAACAAUUAGAGCUCAUGCUAGUUAUGCAUUUAGCUCAUAUUGGGUUAAGUUUAGGAGCAGAGGUACAGCUUGUCAUUUCAAUGGUCUUGCAGUGCUAACCACCACAGAUCCAAGCCAUGGAUCGUGCAAGUUUCCAAGUAUUCAAGUUGGUUUGGAAAUUAGUUUAGGUACUUCUGCAAAAGCAGAUGACUAUUGGCUUAAGAGGCAUCGUUCUUCUCCAAAUUCAUCACUGACUCUACAUCUUCCAAAGAAGCAUAAUUUGAUUAUUACUGUACAUGUUCUUGAUCCUUCCUUGUAUUUAUUGCUGUCACGAGCCUUGCAAUUUGCAACAGUAAGAGCUCUCUUUUGUUUUUUUAAUGGGGCUCAACCAUGGCUGGUUGUUCAACAGCUUCUUGGAAUUCUAGUAAAAUAUGCUACAAUAUCAAGCAAGAUAGGGAUAAAUUAUGGUUUGAAUGGAGACAAUUUGCAAUCUGUACAUCAUUCAAUCAACCUUCUUCAAAGCAUGAAUGCCAGUCGAGUGAAGAUUUAUGAUGCUAAUCCUGAAGUACUUAAACUGCUGUCUGGAACAAAGCUUCAAGCCUCAAUCAUGAUUCAGGAUGGACUUAUCCCAGAUAUCGCUUCAGAUCAAUCCAUUGCAGAUCAAUGGGUAAGAGAUAACGUUCUUGCUUAUUACCCUCAAACAAUGAUCCGCUUUGUACUAGUUGGAAAUGAAAUCCUAAGCAGCAAUAAUACAUUGCUAUGGUACAACCUUGUACCUGCCAUGGUAAGGAUUCAUAACUCAAUCAAGGCACAAAAUAUUCAGAACAUCAAAGUUGGGACGCCAGUAGCCAUGGACAUCUUGGAAUCAACAUUUCCACCACCUUCCCAGUGGGAAAUUUAG